UUGAUCCAGAUUAGUCGCUGAGUAGCGUUCGGAGGGAACGGAUUUGGUGCUGAUUCAAAAAUUAAAAACGUUUAACCAAAAGUGUACAUUUGAUGGACUUUAAGUGCUUUGGGUGAAACGAAAGGAUCGAGACAAACACAUCGAAGGAAUUUAGUGGAUGUGGAGGGAUAAAUAUACAACAAUGGUCACUGCGCUCGUCUUAGGUUUGCUGUUGCAGUUGAUUUCCAUAACAUUUGCCAAACCAGAAAUUCCCACCCAAGCAAAUGCUUUCAAUGGAUACAACUAUCCGAAGCCGUCGAUUCCUUUCAACCCAGGAUAUGCAUAUCCCGCGCCAAGCUGUCCCUUAGCACUUCCAAGCACAAGCUACGUCACUGUUCCGGUUACGGAAACCAGCAUCAUGAUUACUACACUGCCGCCAGUAACAAUCACUCUACCUCGACUCACCGAAUAUUUCACCGAGACGCAACUUCAAAUCAGCACCACCACUUCCGUUGACUAUCGCACCUCAACGACAACGGAAUUCCAAAUCCAGCCAACAACCGUCACAGCAUAUGUUACUUCGACCUACUAUGCGCCGACAACUCCACAAAACACCUAUCUACCAGCAACCAGAACUCCACCGCCUCCACCAUCGAAUACCUACCUUCCGGCGAAUCAACCACAGCCAUAUCUCAACGCCGAAAAUACAACACCCAACUCCUUCCUCCAAAGUUUUAGCUUUUCUCAAGCGGGCCCCAUCAAACGAAUGACCAACGACAUCAACAGUAGCUCACUGGAAUCCGACGAUGCUGACCUUCUCCUACAAAGAAAUUCGGACCUUGCGUUGAUGAGUAGUGAACAGUUGGAAAGCGUUACGAACAAACCUUCGCAAUCACAGCAGCAACUUCCCGCCAUCAACAUAAUCUACCUCGAUCGUACCGAAACCAACUCGGAUGGGCGUAACGGAACUGGCUCUGUCCCUGCAGCUGACCUCAUGAACUGGUUGCUUUGCCGGUUCAACUUAGCCAAUAGGACUUGCCUCAAUUGAAUAACUGUACGAGAUGGUAUGGAAGCGUUUCGCACUUAAAAACUCAAUUAGGA